UCGUUGGAGUUUUCCUGAAAUGGUUACAACCAAUGCGGGUCAUUCGAAGCCAGGAACCUCACUGGAUGAAGUUGUGCUGACCCCAUUAAUGUCUACAGGCUCAGCAAGCAAUAUGUUGUCACUUUCUUCUUCCAAAGAUCGGACUGAUAAAUAUACCUUUACUACAGCAAAUGAGACCAGCACCGUGCCCUCUCCUUUCUAUUCACUUUUGGAGCAAUAUGAUAAGAAGGACACUUUUCCGAAUGUUAAUAUGGAGAUAUCCUUUUCCAGCGUCCCUAUUGCUCCUUUUCCAGCGACUAAAAUUGUGUCACCGCAAACAAGAGAAAACCAUGGAGACCUCAAAUUGGCAAAUCCAAAUCCUUGGUUAAAUUCCAUCACCACCACGAUGUCACCAAGCACUGGCACGUCACAUUCCCAAACAAACAGAGAUAUUACCGUGCAUGAUGCUAGUACAAGGAGCUUUGCCACUGGUAAAGAAAAUAAAUCAAAGAUGGAUAUAAACAGACAUGAUAAGACUGAGCUUCCGAUAAAGUCAUGGGGCAUGUCUACAGAUCAUAUCCUCUCGCUGUGGGAUACUUCCGGCCAAAAAAUAAACAGAGGAACUAACCAUCAGACUGCCAACUCAUCAAAGGGAACUGAAAUUGGCUUAGAACAUGUAAACAUGCUAACAGUGAUACAAAGUGAAUCAAACCUCAGGAAAGAACCACAGGCUUCCAAUGCUAAAGCAAUUAUCCAACAACAGGACAGUCAAAUCGUAUUAAGUGGAAGCGAUUCAGGCACCAGAUCAAAUGAUACCAGUGAUACUCCAUCUAAUGGACCUGGUGAUAGACUAAUUGCCCCAAUACCCCAAAGCAACCUAGUUGAAAUUGCUUUGGAGGAAAUGGAAAUGACACACACUUAUCUAGAAGGGAGAAAUGCUUGCCCCUCACCACUCAUACCAGAUCACGGGAUAUUUAAUUUCCGAGGCCUGGUUGGGCCUUCACCCUCACAAUACAAAUACUAUGUGCAGUAUUCAUGUAACUCUGGUUACACUUUGACCCACGGAGAUCAGUUCAGCUUUUGUCAACACAAUGGAGUAUGGAGCGGGCAGGUGCCCACUUGUGCUGAUGUGAAUGAAUGCAUCAUUGGACUGAAUGACUGUCAGCAGAUCUGUGUCAACACCUUUGGGUCUUACAAGUGCAACUGCCAGACAGGCUUUCUCCUUUCACAUGAUGGAAAGACAUGUGCAGAUAUUGAUGAAUGUAUCCUUCCAGUUGGAAUUGCCAGCUGUCUGUUUGGCUGCAUCAACACUGCAGGGAGUUUCAUGUGCCAUUGCCCAGAGGGAUACCAGUUGAGCACCAACAAUGGGCACUGCAAAGAUAUUGAUGAAUGUGCAGAGAAUAAUGGGAGAGGCUCUUGUGCCAUGGAAUGCCAGAACACUCCCGGUUCCUUCAGCUGUUCUUGCUCAUAUGGAUAUAAACUAGCAGGGGAUGGACACUCUUGUAUCGCAGAAUGUCCCUCUGGCUAUAGGAAAGAGAACCACAUAGAGAGACCUAACUGGCACAGAGAGAUUCAACAAUGUUUGGAUAUUAAUGAAUGCCUUGAUGGUUUCAGUGAACAUCGUCCUUGUGAAUGGAAAUGCUUGAAUCUUCCAGGCUCUUACCGUUGUAUUUGUCCUCGUGGGUACAGGCUGAAUGACGAUAAGCAUCACUGUGAAGAUGUUAAUGAGUGCAGCUAUACGAAUGGUGGCUGUUCUCACCUCUGCAUCAACACUAAUGGUGGAUACCGGUGUGAAUGUCCAGAAGGUCACUCCUUCAGUCCUUAUAGCAGGAAGACUUGUCAGGCAAUUGGAAUAUAGAGUUUUCAGUGACAUUUACAGUCACAUAGACAUCUUCCUUCAAAUCUGGAGUUCCUCGAUCCACACAGUAGCUGUGUUGAAACUGUGCUACUUUCAGGGAGUUUCAGUGUCCUUUGUAUUGAUCCUUUGUAUUGUGUAAAUGGAUACAUUAUGCAAAUCUAUUGGUUAGGGUUUUUCGAAUGAAAAUUGUUUAAUUAACAUGAUCUUUUUCACUGCAUAUGGCUUACACAUCGUAAAGAACUCUUUUGAUAACAAAUCACAACUUUGUAUGUACAAUAAAUCAG